AUGAACAAUAUUCCAAAUGGUGACUACCCUGUCUACUUGGAAUCCAUUGAAGGCAUGCAGCACCAUCAGCUGACCACCAUACAUGCCAAGCAGCCUAUACUUAAUCUCUUCUACUAUAUGAGGUUUGGAAAUCUAACCAUCUCCAUCGUGAAGAUCAUUGGGGAUCUCCUUCUGUUCUGUACAGUGGCCCAUCUCUGCACCUGCUCAGACUGCAGCAUUUACGAGAAGCACCCAGUGGUGGCCAUCCCCUGCCCCAUCACAUACCUGCCUGUUUGUGCUGACUACAUCACCUAUGGGAAUGAAUGCCACUUGCGUAUUGAGAGCUUGUGAGUACUGCAUGGGAAGAAAAAGCACCUAGGGCAGCGUCCUCCACUGCAAUCUUCUCCUCUUUCCACAAGCCUGCUUAACUCUCCAGAAGCUAUACUCUGCCCACCCAGAGAAGCUGGGAGAGAUAGAAAACUUGCUGCCUCACAGUCAGAUUAGGGUUGAGCCACCUGCUCUGCCAGCUUGGACUGGUCCCUCCAUGACAGAACCUCUAAUUCCUGUCUGUCAAUUGAGAGAGUCUAACAAGACCAUGAGCUUCCAAACUGCUGUCCCCAGAGCCCAGAGGUUCUGUAGAGGCAAGUCAGGAGUCACCAAAGAGGUUAUGGGGAUCGUUUGGGGUGGUCUCCGAUCCCAACCAGCUUUGGACUAUUUUAAGGAGUAGAGUUCCAAAUAAUUUCUUAUUGGAAGAAAGGGUUCUGAAUCCCACACUAAAAAAUAAUUGAAAACCACUAUCUUACAUGACUUCUAAGAGACUUAACAGCCAACAGAUGAUUCUUAGAUAAACUGUAGCCAGAGGGUCUUUACUCUCCUCAAUUUCCUAGUGGCUCUAAAUAUCUGCAGCCUUAGGGAGAUAGGGAGGAUAAGGCUACCACAAAGAUUAUAUAUUUUUUGAUCUAAAAUAGGGGAACACAAGCUGUCAGUACUUGGACCAGAAUCCCAUGAACAUGUUUUAAGUAUUUUGUUUGGCCUGCACAGGGUUUUGGAAGGCAAUAACCACCAGGCAAACGUCACUUCUUUGGUACAAAACAGGCAACUCAGCAUUUACUAUCUUAACACCAAGUCCCCUUUGCUCACUGUUAACUCUCUUUUAGACCACUGGAUUUUGGCCACUUAUCUCAUAUCUUGUGGUUUUUCAUCUUUGUGACUAUCUUAUCAAGUUAAAAUACAGAGUUAGGGCCUGAGCCCAGAAGGAUAUGUCUACAUACUGAUUCCUACUCGGGAACUUUUAUUUCACAAAAGGGAAGAUUCUCUAAUGUGCACAGACACUGGGUCCGCAGCCUAGAAACCAGUCUGUGUCCAAGGACACUGAAGGGGACAUGUGGUGGAAGUUCUCCUCACUAGUGCAGGAUCCAGCCUCAUCACAGGCCCUGCUGACCAGAAAAGGCUGAGGGGAAGCCAACCUCAGCUUCCCUUGUCAGACGUCCUCCUUCUUUGUUGUUUUAAGACAUUGGGUGAUCAGUCUGGGCUCUGGGGUAAGUGGAGGCAGCAGGUGGGAUGGAAGUGUCACUGGUCUAGGGACAUUCUGCUUCUGCCUCUGUCAGAAACUGCCUGCGGCCAGGACAUUCCUUUUUAGGGACUCAUUUUCCUCAUCUGUAAGAUGAGGUUCCGCCUAUAAUCUCUAUAGUUCCUUUCAGCUCUAAUAUUGUAUAAAAUUUCCUCUUGUGUUAAUGAAUCCUGUUAACUGUGUU